AUAAUAAUAAUUUGUAAUGAUAAGCAUAACCUAACUAACCUAGAUCUAAAAAUUUAUAACAAAAAUAACGUAAGUUAAUACUGUAGUAAUAGAAAAAGUCAUUCUAUUGCAUUUUCAUUGACUUGAUUAUGGAAACACACAGUAAUUGGGAUCAUUGUAGUGAAUCUGAAGUUCUGCAUACUCCAGAAAUGUUGGUGAGCCCAUCCUCUUCGAACUCUGGAGAUGAAGUUAUGGAAAGAUUUUCAGACCCACCUCCUAGAACACUGGUGAACGAGAAGAACUACAUUACACUUACAGAAGGUUGUCCUUCAAGCCUGACCGUAGACGAGCUGUCAGCUGUGGUGGACCAAUGCAAGGAGCUGGUGAUGAAAACGAGCGAGUGCUCUGAAGAGCGACGCUGGCUGGUGCGGCGGCUCAUAGAGCUGCGUUAUCAGCUGGAGGAGACACGUGACAACCAGGCAAAGGUGGGGGAGGAGGUGUCAUCAGACACCAGGGUGACGCUGGGACACCACUUCAGCAUGCAGUCACAGAUGCUCACCGCCAACCGCGUCGUAUGUGACCAGUGCUGUGCGCUCAUCAUGACCGUUGUGCAGUCUUGGUAUCAGUGUGUAGAUUGCCAAUACAAGUGUCACAUCAAAUGUUUGGCUUCUUGUUGCCGAGUCUGCGCUCACCUGCAAGCUUCUGAGAUUUCACAAUUCGAGACGAAAAUUUGUCCUGAAAUUGGAUUGAAAGCUCAGGGCUACACGUGUGCUGAGUGCAAAUCACAUUUGAUAUACAGCCUUAAAAAAGAUACGUCCAUAGUUCAACAGUUAUCAGUGCUAAAAGAAUGCAUGCUGCCAGUGAGUUCACCGAACCGACCAAUGAGAAGCCGGGAGCCACGCCGCUGUGACUACACGGGGCUCUACUUCUGCCAGUUCUGCCACUGGAACCAGACAGCUGUGAUUCCGGCGCGCGUCCUGCUCAACUGGGACUUCACGCCGCGGCCCGUGUCACAGGCGGCCCAUCGCCUCUUGCAGCUCACGCAGACCAGGCCCAUUCUCACCAUUGAUCCGCGCUUCGAGGGAUUUGUCAACGAAAUCUGUGAGGUCAAGAAACUGAGAGGUGAACUGAUAAUGAUGAAACAGUACCUGAUUAGAUGUAGAAACGCCAAAAAAGAACAGCUGCCUUGGAGUUUGCUGAAAAAUCGACGGUAUUUCCUGCAAGAUUGUGAAUUCUACAGUAUGCGCGACUUGAUUGAAUUGCACUGCGGGGAGCUGGUGACCAAAUUGGAAGAUAUCCGAAAGGAGUUUUUGAAGCACAUCAAGGAUGAGUGUAAGAUUUGCUGUGGACAAGGUUAUAUCUGCGAAAUCUGCGCGGAUGACAAGAACAUAGUGUUUCCUUUCGAUGCGAGCGCCUAUACUUGUUCAAAAUGUAAUUGGGUCUACCAUAAAACGUGUUUCCAAUCGAUUCUGACGUGUUCUCGUUGCGUUCGUCUUGAGAAACGCAAAUCGAAGGAUGCUGAAGAAAGUGAUGAAACGCUUUGUGAAGAAGCUGUUGAAAUUGAUGAAGAUUUUACAAGGAAAUGAUUGAAAAUCUUACACUGAUAACUGAUUUAUCUCAAUACAUAAAAACAGGCUUGGCGACUUAAGACAAUGACUUUAUGUGUAAGACAUCGUAUGUAACAGUGAUGCUCAGAUAAUUGUGGUGUAAGGUCCAAUUCAAUUUGUGUUGUGCAAAGAACUAUACUUUUUUAUUUAUUUCCUUUGACAUGACAAAACUAAUUUAUUUUUAACCCAGAGUUAUUUUAUAAUACAACUCAGACUCGGAGUGGUGUGUGACCUGCUUGAUUAUUGUGUAUUCUAAAAAAAUGUUGAUAAUCAACAAACCUGCAUUUUAUGAAGGGAUUAAUGAUGAUUUUUACAUUAUCAGUGAAUGUACCUGUGAUAAAAUUUGUUUUCCCAAUAACAAAUCGGGAGUAAUUACAACUGGAGCUGUGAUGUUAUAUUUCAAAGAAAUAUAUGUUUUAAUACUUUUUGAA